GGGUGAUGGUUGUUGCCGAUGGCUAUCGAGUCGGACCACGCUCGUUCCUACCCCGCGCCAACAAUACUUUAUGAGCCUCCGUGUGGCUUCAUUCCUUCCCACCGCCCUCCGUCCUAGACUCGUCCGACCGCCUCUCUCAUACACCUUCCCCCGUACAAUGACCUCGCGCGCUGUCGAAGCUUCCCGAGCUGUCCUCAAGUCAAUCGACCUUUCCGCCGGCUACGAUGCAGAGCAGACGCGACUUAUGGAGGAGAGAUGUAUCCUGGUAGACGAGGAGGACAACGCGCUCGGUGCAGCAGACAAGAAGACGUGCCACCUGAUGGAGAAUAUCAACAAGGGCCUGCUCCAUCGCGCGUUCUCCGCGUUCGUCUUCCGUCCGAGCGACGGCAAGCUGCUGCUCCAGCAGCGCGCGACGGAGAAGAUCACGUUCCCGGACAUGUGGACCAACACAUGCUGCUCGCACCCGCUCGACGACUUCGAGGAAGAGAAGGAAGAGAAGGACCAGCGCGGCGUCCGCGUCGCCGCCUCCCGGAAGCUCGAGCACGAGCUCGGCAUCCCGCGCAGCCAGACCCCCGUCGACGAGUUCCACUACCUGACGCGGAUACACUACCUCGCGCCGUCGAACGGCCUCUGGGGCGAACACGAAGUGGACUACAUCCUCUUCUUAACCGCGGACGUCACCGUCACGCCGAAUCUGAACGAGAUCCGGGAUCACAAGUAUGUGGACAAGGCCGAGCUGCAGGCCAUGUUCGAGGAUCCUGCGAACUCCUUCACGCCUUGGUUCAAGCUCAUCGCCCGCGACUUCCUCUUCGGGUGGUGGGACGAGCUCCUGGCGCGCAAGACUGCCGACGGCCAGGUUUACGCGAAGAGCCUCGCAGGUCUCGUCGAUGGCAGCAAGGUCGUGAAGAUGGUUUGAGAUCUGAGAUUAAGGUGCGAGGAGUGUCAUGCAGCGAGUUGUCAACCUUGGUGAUUUGGGGGCUCGACGCAUGAGUCGGCGUGUAUAUCUAAUAGAUUAGACGAAUGCGAGGUCUUGGUUUUUGUUAUGACAACGUUUGGGCAACUAGCAGAUGAUAUAUAAUGUGCAAGCUUCAAGGAAAGCGACUAGCGAGAUUGACCGCAUCGUAGGAAAAGUAGAGUGAAAGGACUAGCAGGAAACGAUUGGUGAAACCCGUAACUGACCGUUACUGCUUCAGGCAGAUUGAGAGAUGUGGAAAGCCUUAGGCAGAGCUUGUUUUAGGUUCCACAGAAACGACCGCACACCCUUGAACGCAUCAAGCAUCCGGACAUCGCUCGGAUGAUCGAGGACGACCGGGCUAUCAAAUGCACUGCGAAGGAUGCUGUUGACAUGCAACAAACCUCCCGCAACAAGUAAAGCGAGGAGGAUGGCCGGACUGCGGAUGAUCAGUCCAUAAAUGUCCACCACAGCACUAAGGAUGUGGGCAGCAAGGAACAUCAUGGACCAAGCCACCAGGGCACGAGGCAAGCAAUAGGCCUGUGCGAUAGGUUCGUAACCUAAUCUCGGAAGCUGGACGCGUGCGAGGUGGUUUGCCUGCGCGAAAGGCCGUUAGAAGGGCUGAAAGGCUGAACAGCGCAGGCGAGGAGGACUCGCCACUGUGCCGGCGGUGAACUUGUCCGCUCCGGCGUACCACUGCAGGAGCACGGCACUGGUGGCCAGCCCGCUCAGGGAAAGGACGAUUGAUAUGGAUCCCAUGGCUGCCGAUAUGGGGUUGGUUCUUUGCACUGUCGAGACCGUGCCGAUCAGAGCCAGACCGACCGCCAGGUAAGAAGACUCCCGCCACCCAUGCAACAAGUCAAUUGCGAAGUCGCGCCAGUGCAUCACAUACGUGAGGUCAUCCAACGAGAGGAGGUCCAUUUGGGCCGAACGCUCCCUCGGCAUAUUGAAGAGCAAAGCAGAGCACAACUUCACCGCGAGUGUGCGCUGCUUGGCCGGCCUGUCGUAUCGCUUUUGUUCCCGUGAAAUCUUAGCGUAGUCCUCGCCAAAGAAAGUGCUAAACUUGUGCCUUGAAAUUGUCCCCCAAAGCCGUGCUAGAGUCCAAGUCAUGUAUUCAUUGCAUUCCGUGUCCACGUCAAUGACUUGCAGAUAGUGCUUGCAUUGCUGAGCACUAUAGGGGAAGGUAGAGUUUUCCGAGGUCAGCUGAUCCGCUCUGCCCUGGCGGAAUAUAUCCACGAGCUCCGUUCUCAACCUUUGGGGCACCUGCCGGUGCGGAAAGUAUUCAUUGUGAACCCAAUACUGUUCUUGCAAGGCGAAUCCAUUCUCCGGGGCUUUGGGAGCUGCCCUCGAAAGCAUACGAGUCUCAGCCCUCUGCCGUCCACGAUCACGAUAGCUCGCAUUCGGAUAGAGAGCGAGCAUCGUCAUGCGUUUCGGGACACCUCCCACAAUAAACCCCGCUGAGCGGGCUCAUACUCUCGGAGACUUCACGUACGUAAAUGUGCGACGCUGCACACCGGGGGGAGUUCUAGUUCAUGACGUUCUGGGUCAAUUUCUUCUAUCCAAAAGACGGUCUGAGUCGUGUGGUCCACGAAGUAAUACUUGCAUCCGUCAUCGUCGGUCGCCACAGUGAGGAAGAUUUCGUAGUCGUCAGGAAGUGUCAUGCCAUCGGUUUCAAUUAGCGUAUCAAGGCGUAGGAUCCAUGCCGAUAUCUUGGCCCAGAUGUCUGGAUGAUCAAUCGGGUCGUCUGUGACCAGGCGCUUCGUUGCAUUGACGUAGUACUGCGUUCCCUCGGGGUUGAAGUGGGCGACCCAGCCGACUCCGAGAUACUGAGGUUCUGGGGAUAGGAGCGCUGAAUGAAGGCCUCUGGGGAUCUUGAUGUAGGCCGGUGUGGCAAAGGCGAUUCUGGCAUAGCGCCUGUUCUGGGCUGGCGCCAUCGGGACAAGCAGCCCAUCCGUGGAGUAAGUAGGAGGGCACUCUAGGUCUGACAGUGAAUUUGAUUGGAAGACUGCCUGUGAAGCCUCAGAAGAGGGGACAUCAUUAGACAUUACGGGAAGCAAGAGUGAGACGGGGGCGCAGAGUCUGUUGUAGGUAUGUAGAUCGAGUUCGCCGACCGCUUAGUUAUACCUCCGGCAGCGCCUCGUGUGUGAGAACUCUAAUACACCUUGCGGCGCGCAAGUGGUUCUGCCACGGGGCACACGACGCCUGCAAUGCUGUGGCUGCGCCAAGUGGACCUGGGGGCGCGGAUGGUCUUGGAGAGGCUAUGUGAUUCAGGUUAUUUGAAGGUGAUAACUGCUUCUAGAAAUCACGUAGUGAGAGCAGUGCGAUAUAUGUAUCAUCUGCCACACCGGAAGUAAAGCUCUCAGCAUGGUCCGGGUUAAGGGGAGACCGCCGGGAGGGUAUUGAAUCCGUGGGGCAAAUACAGUCGAAGCUCGCUAAUCGUUGCGCCGAGGAGCUGGGGUGCACGCCGGAAACUUUUCGCGGGCAGUAUGUGGUGGCCUGACCGGUGGCAGUCCGCAGCGUCUCAUGUCCGUCUCCAACUGCCUGGGUGAAAGCGAACGAUUUGAGGUAUUGAAACGCGAGCCUGGAUGAGUGAGUGAG